CAAAAUUCAUCUGAAACGUGAAACAUUUGCGUGAAGUGCCGUAAACGUUCCUAAUAAGUAACCAAUUCACCAUUUCAAAGCAAUUGGAUUUACUAUUAGAAAUAUAUUUACAAAUUUAUGUGUCAAGUUUCUUUUCCAUUUUGAUCGUUAUCCCACAAAUUAAGACCUACAGAUGUUAAUAAAGACUGGAAACAAAACUUUCUAACAGAAUAAUGUUUCAUAUGAGAUGAACAAACUAACUACAGGUUUCCACUUUAAUGAAGCUUCAUCAACCAUCAAGGAAUAUAACAGUUAUGAAAGUGAAUUCAAUAAUAUAAAAUUCAACCAAUUUAAACGCAUAUAUCAUCAUUUUAUCUUAAAUCAAAAUCCAGCUAAUCCUUCAUGUUUCGGUUGUAAAUCUGGAUUAUGGUUGGCUAAAACAUUUGUCUUUGGUAGUAAACAAUUUGUACAUGAUCAUAUUGAAGUGACUUGUACAAAUUUAAAAAAUAUUUAUCAACCUUGUAAAAGAAUAUUAACUGAAUUUCUGGAUUACGCUUAUGAUUUGAUAUAUGCUUACAGUUCAACUGAUCUAUGUGCACUUGCUGGGAUAUGUGCAGAUCCACCGGAAAUUGACUUUUGUCCACUUUGUUUAAUGAGUGUAGCGGAAGGCAAAAAUAUUUUAUUAUCCGAUGCCCUUCUAAAUGAAUUACAAUCUGUAUUUGUACAUGUAUGUGAUUAUGUAAGAUUGGAAGUAGAAUGUUCCACAUUUUUGAAUGAACUUUAUAAAAAUGUUGUCGAUAUAAUCAAACAUGUUGUAGAACCACAUUUUGUUUGUCAGCUAGGUCACAUGUGUAAUGCAACAUAUACAGAAGGAUCGGAUUACAUUAGAAUUGCAUAAGAAGAACACUUUUUUUUAUUGGUAAACAAAAUGCAUUGUUAUUACAAUUUUAGAAUCAGCAUACAAAAAUAAAUCAUAAAAAUUAUGGAUCAUUUAGAA